AUGAACCAAACAGACUCUUGGUGCUCCUUGCUCACGACUAAGAUAAUAAUUAGUGUUUACCACAUUACACAAAAGUUUUUCUUCCACUUAGAAGCAGAAAAAAGUAUUUCCACCCUGAAUACCGGUUUACCAUUGUUUAAUCCACAGACUGAAGUCUCAUUCGAUGAAGGCCUUUGGUUUUUCAUGCCGUGUGGUGACAAAGGCUCCGAUUCAGGCCGGUGUUCAGAGCAGAGAUCAGUAAAUGACAGCUAUCCCAAACACUUUUCGCUUGAUGAUAAUUUACAAAAUUUUGCUGAAGACCAAGGUGAAGAUUUUAUGCAGGAAGUCAUUUUUCCAGAUUUACUUGAAGUAAAAGCUGCUGAAUAUGAAGUUGAUCAAGAACAAAUCAGAAAACAACAGGCAAACAUUUUUGUGCCAAGUAAUUCUCCAGUGGCCAACGAGCGUAAACUGCCAAAAGAUAUGAUGCCACGCAUUUUAGAAGAUGAAGGAUUCUAUAUUCAGAGAAAACCAGAAAUCCAUAAAAAGACCUGCAACAAAAUGGAAAAUCGCCUGCUUACCGUAGAAGAGGGGAAGAGUUGGUUUGAAGAAAGUGGAGAAAUUAUGUCAUUACCUUCACCCAUCAGACAAUCGUGGAAUUUCAGGCUAAACACAAGCAAGGGAUCUUUAAAUCCAGCACUAAAGACCAUAUACAGAAAGGCAGUGAAACCUGAUCUGGAAAGCUCUAUGAGGAACAAAAUGGAAGGUCAAAGGGAAAUGUAUCAAUUAGAUCUUAACAUUGUGGGUUUGCAGUUCAGCCAUCAUCCUCUCUUCAAUCAAGAACAAGUGUUAUGUGCUAGGCUGCUUCAACUUUAUGAGUGUUUUCAGGACAGGCAGCAACAGAAUUUACCUCAGCUGCUUUAUGAGAAGCUGAUAGCACUGAGAGACGCUACCAAAUUAGCAAGUGAAAAUUUGGAAAUAAGUCAGCUAACCAAAAAAUCUUUACAAGAUUAUUAUUGGCAGAUAAGUAAUACAAAACAGCUUUAUGAUUUAGAAAGAGGAAAAGACUUCUCCCUAUUACACAGUAUAUCACGGACUUGGAAACAAAUAAAAUCCCUCCGACAACAGCAAGGGUUUACAAGCACCCCAGUAAAGUUACAGUUUCAAAGGGUAAAAAUGAAUAAAUGUGAUGAGCAAAACCAAGAAGAACUGUUAGAAAUGUCUGAGACUCAGAAGAAAACUGAAGGAAAAGCAUUUAAGAAUGGGGAUAAAUGGGAGAGCCUCUCAUACUUAGCUUCAGAGCUUGAAGAAACAGACAUUGAAAGAAUAAGACCAAUUACCUUGAUCCCACAACUUUCUUUCACUACAGAAUUAACAAACUUAUCCAAGUGUUCACUGCAUGAACAAAAGAGGAGAGCCAAAAUUCAGAAGCUUAAAUAUUUUAUUAAAAUAUUAUCCAACGAUAAACAAGUUUCUUGCACUUGCGUAUCUCCCCUACAGUUUGAUUUUAAAGUCAUGUUUCAGCAAAUUUUCAAUAUUCAGAUAAUAUGUUGGCCAGAAACAAUUUGCUUGGAGGUUUAUGAAGUAAGUCAAAGGACAAGCUUACUGGCAAAACUGUAUUUACCUUUACCUAACAACACAGAGGUGAAAAGCAAAACUGUUUUGGAAUAUGUAGAGUUUAGCUCUGAUGAGCUGGUCACACCUGCAUAUGGAGAAGUAGGAAGCAAUGUGCCUUUUAUUCUUGAGGGAAAUGCAGCUGAAGAACUUUGUCUUUUGACAUCAGGAAAACUUAGCUACUGUCUAUCAUGGGCUUUAGACGAAAAUGGUAUUCCUCUGACACCCAAGUCGCAGUCCUUAAGAUCUGCUUACUGCAGUGUGUUAAGGAAUGUAGAUGCAAGAGGCGUUCCUGGAAUUCCAUGGCUCAUUAAUGCACGGAAGCUUUUUGAAUGGGCAAACGAAGUAAAAAUUGAUCCAAAUAAUCCAGAAUAUUCUGAUUUAAUGGAGUUUGUCAUGUACAUGAAACAUAAAGGACAGGACAUUCCAAAGUAUUUUCGUCUUGAACAGAUGCAAGAUGAAUUUAACUUUGUCUCUGAAGAGGAAAUGGAAAAGAGUAAACGUUUCCAGCUAUUGCAACUUAGAAAUGCAGGUCAAUUAGAUGUUUUCCUUCUGCAGCAAAUGCCUCUCUAUGAUAAAGAGAUUCCAGAUUUAGUCUUCCAGGAAUAUGAAACUCAGAUAGAGAAGGAUAUCCCCAUUUCAGAUGUCAAUUCUAUUACUGCACAACGGAUUAAUUCUGCCAAUUUUCUGAAAAAGAUGAAAAAGUUGAUAAUGAGAAGAAUUGUCAAAGUUAGCAAAGUUAACUUAUCGGAUGUUGUGGCUGAUUAUGAAGAAAUUGUAUCUGCAAGCCAGUUGACAUAUGCAGUUUGUAAGCUUGUUGAACGACAAAGAAAGUUAAAGCCUCAGAGGAAAGAAAGGAGAAAGGUGGCCGCACAGACUAUCUGUGAUGGAGAUAUUAAGAUUCUUGUUAGAAUACUGCGGGCUUAUAAUAUUCCUACCAGAAACACAACAGUUAAUAGAGCCUUGGAUCUGCCCACUUAUUUGGUAUCAUCCGUAUCUCACCUCACACAUAAGGAAACAGUCAAAUCAAUAUCUUCAGAUGAGAUCUUAAAUGAGGGUACUAUAUACCCUUUUGUGGAAGUUUCCUUUCAACACACUGUAUACCGAACCAGUACUGCAAGUGGAUCUCAUCCAUGCUGGAACGAAGAAAUUAAAGUAGAUUUUAUCUCACCAGGACAUGAUUAUAGCUUCUCAAGCUUAUCUAAAAUAAAAGAUAAUAUAUAUAUCAACAUUUUUGAUGAAAUGAUUAUUGAAAAACAGGAUCCCUAUUGCAAGAGCUGCAGUAGUUAUUCACAUAUAAGAAAGAAUUGGCUCGGGUCCAUUGUCUUCCCUUUCUCUGCUCUUCUGCAACAAUCUGAGAUUAGCGGAACAUUUCAAGUAAAUACUCCGCCAGUUUUGCUUGGGUAUACUUGGAGUAAGACUCAUGCGUCUCCUAAAGAAGAUUAUAAUGGGCAGAAUUUUAAAGAAUCUACCUUCUUAAAUAUUUUUGCUACCAUUGAACCUCAAAUAUCAUAUGUCACCUGUAAUCCAGAACUAGACAAGUUUUCAGAUCAAACAGAUGUUUUCAAGAGAGCACAGAUUUUUAAAAAAAGUUGUCAGGCGAUGUUUCCCAACCGAAGAGUCACAGCUACUGUCUUUAAUGGUGAAGGGAUACAGAUCUUAGUGACAAGAUAUAUCAAGGCAUUAAACCCACCUCAGCAACUCCUGGAUAUAUUUCUUCAUGAUUCUAAUGCAACACUUGACCUCAUUGCUCGCUUUGUAUCUUUGAUUCCUGUUGUGCCCGAUGUUCUGGAUGAAAAUGAUGGUUUUGAUAUAUGGAUGACAUCAGAGCGCUGCAUCAGUUUGGCUAUUGGGAAUAAGGAAGAGCAUGCCAUACUGCUCUGUAAUUUCUUUCUGUAUUUUGGAAAGAAAGCUUUAGUCGUCCUGGGGACUUCAAUGUUGGAAGGGCAAGUAGCUUAUGUAUUAACUCAAGAAACUGAUGAAUAUUUGCUUUGGAAUCCAUUAACUGGGCAAUGUCAUAAGCAGUUUGACCCAUUUUGUCCCUUACAAAGUGUGGACUGUUUGUUUGAUGAUGGAAAUGUCUGGUUUAAUAUUCAACAAAAUAAUACGCCAAUGGCUGUACAUUUUGACUAUUCAAAAGAAAGUUUCUGGAAACAGUUGCUUCCAAAAGAUUUCCAAGGGACAAACGUACAAAGCAUACAGCCUGAGGAAAUAAUUUAUUGUGAGACUAAUAAAAGCAUGAUAGAAGAUCUAAAGAACAGGAUUGAGAGGACUCUGAAAUGUAAAAUGAUGGAAUGGCGACCUAAACAGCCAACACGCUGGAAUCGACAAUGUACUUAUAUUUUGCAAAAAAUCCUUCCUAAGCUAGAACUUGGCACUGGAAGCUUUGUUUUAUCUGAAGAAGAGGGUGAAUUUGAAAGACUACUCCAAUUUUAUUGGGUCACAGGAUUUCCUAUGCAGAUGCCAUACACUGAUGUGCAGUCAAUUAUUGACGCUGUGUAUCAAACUGGAAUUCACUCUUCUGAAUUUCCCCAGACAGAAUUUGCUCUAGCUGUAUACAUUCACCCAUACCCAAACAACGUAUUAUCUGUGUGGGUCUAUUUGGCUUCCUUAGCUCGACAUGAGUGA